AUGGCGAUGAUGAUGACUGGCCGUGUGCUGCUGGUGUGUGCCCUCUGCGUGCUGUGGUGCGGUGCCGGCGGUGGCUACGCGUGGGAUUUUGGCAGCGACGGCGAAUCGUUGAAUGAAUAUUAUUACGGCGCAUACGGUGUAUACUGUAAUGCUUCCCUCAACGCUACUUUUUGCGAAGAAAAAAGAAAAGCAAUUAAACUCAAAGAAGCCGCCCUACAGAAGAAUACCGCUCGGAGCGGGGAAGGGAGCGGCCAACCGAAUGCCGGUGGUUCCUCUGGGAGACAGGCUCACGGUUCGGAGGAAAGUGGUUCGGGUCAAUCGGAAGGAACCGCAGGCGAAGGUACACCAGAAUUAAACAAGCCUGGAGAGGGAGGAACAGAAACACCAACACCACUAUCAUCACCACCACCAACAGCAACAGUCACCGCCGCUCAAACAAGUGCCACGAGGACGCCUGACGAGAGUGACGGCAGCCCCGCGGCCUCCCACACCACCUCACCUCUUCUGCUUUUUCUUAUUGUGUGUGCGGCUGCUGCUGCGGUGGUGGCCGCGUGA